UUGCGAUUUGCAGAAAGUCCAAAGAAGGAAAAAGGAAACGAAAUUACAAAAAUAAGAAAAAAAAAAGAAAAAAAAGAAAAGAAAAAGAAGCUUUGGCGUUCAGCCUGAAUUAAGUUUAAGGUUGAGCUAGUAUUCUAUUGAGCUUAGCCCACAAUCCUAAUGAUUAAAUAGAAAGAUCGGACGUUGAUACAAAUACGGCGCCGUUAGAGGCAUCAAAACGACUGAAAUUGUUUGCAGAGAGAAAAAUAGGGAGUGCAGUACUAUGGCUGGAAGGGAAGAAUUCGUAGAAGCAGAGAAUGCAGAGGCGAUAAUUACGAGAAUAGAACACAAAUCUCGAAAGAUCGAAAGCUUACUUAAACAGUAUAAACCUGUGGAAGCUCUCAAAACCGCUCUCGAAGGAUCGCCUCCAAACACCAGAGACGAGCGAUGCAAGUCUGCGAAUUGGAUAGUGGUGCAUAGAGCCAUCAUGGCUAUUAAAGAUGUUGAUGGGAUGUUCUCUUCUUUGGAUCCUGAGUACUACGAUAUUCUCAUGAAGUACCUCUACAGGGGUUUGUCUACUGGUGAUCGGCCCACUUGCGACCAAUGCCUCCGUAUACAUGAAAAGCUGACAGAGAAAGCUGGUUUGGGUUGCAUAUUGCGUGCCCUAGCAGACACUAUGAAUACUGUUUGAUUUCAUACUUCCAAAAUCUUGUUUGUAUAAGAAUUUUACUUUUUUUGCUAUUUGCUCUAAUUAUGAAAUAUAUAGUAUAUCCAAAAUUGAUUCUUGUAAUUGUUUAGUGUUUUCUGAUUUGUGUAAUCCAAAGUGCAAAUUUCUUCACAAGAUAA